CUCCCACUUCCCACCCCCACCACCUCGCCUCGCUCCCCGCUCCACUGUCCACACGCGAGCGCGCUCCCUCGCUCUCCAUGUCCGCCGCUUCCACCGCCGCCCGCCUCCUCCUCCCGCGCCCGGCCGCCCCCUUCCACUCCCUCCUCCCCUCCCGCCGCCGCGCGGUCCGCGCCAGCGCCGUCGCCGCUGGAGGCGGCGGCGGAGGAGGCAUCUCCGGCGGCAGUGGCGGGGGCGCGGGCGGCGCGAAGGAGCCGCCGCGGACGCUGUUCCCCGGCGGCUUCAAGCGGCCGGAGAUCCAGGUGCCCGCGCUCGUCCUCCGCGUCGGCACCGAGGAGGCGCUGCAGUCCGGGGAUGAGGUGGCUGCCGCCGUGGCCCGGGGCGUGGGGAUCGUCGUGCUCGAGGCCGGGGAGGAGGGCGGCGGGCGCGCGUACGAGGCCGCGGUCGCGCUCAGGGCCGCGGUCGGGGACCGCGCGUACCUGCUGGUCGCGGAGCGCGUCGACGUCGCCUCCGCGGUCGGGGCGAGCGGCGUCGUGCUCGCGGACGACGGUAUUCCUGCUAUUGUUGCAAGGAGUAUGAUGAUGAAAUCAAAUGCUGACUCCAUAUAUCUCCCUAUCGUUGCUAGAACAAUAAACUCAGCAAACUCUGCAAUAAGCGCUUCAAGUUCUGAAGGGGCUGAUUUUCUGAUUGUAAAUACUGGCAGUGAAGAUUUUGCUGAUGUUAUGAAUGGUGGUGUUGGUCAACAGGUGAAGAUUCCGAUUUUCUUCAUGUUAAAUGUGCACAGUGGAUCAACUUAUUCUGACAUCACGUCCAGGUUGAUCCGAUCUGGUGUAUCUGGAGUUGUUACAUCCUUGGCUGGUAUUCAACACCUCACUGAUGAUCUUAUAGAAAGGGAUUUCUCAAAAGUGGAUGCCAUUGAGGAAGUCCCACAAGCCAGUAACUCUUCUGCUAGCACAUUGGAAAAUGCAAUUAAUGCAACAGUCCUAACUCGUGAGAAAACCAAAGUUGCUGGAUUUACAGAACUGGAUGAAAAAGUGGUGCAGUUGAUAGAGAGGGAAAAGCCUAUUCUAAGCGAAGCUGUUGCUGUUAUCCGCAAGGCAGCACCAAUGAUGGAAGAAGUUGACCUUCUAGUUGAUGCUGCUUCUCGCCUGAGUGAGCCAUUUUUGUUGGUUAUUGUGGGUGAAUUUAACUCAGGAAAAUCUACUUUUAUAAAUGCUCUACUUGGAAGGCAGUAUCUUCAGGAAGGAGUUGUACCUACGACAAAUGAAAUCAUGCUACUAUCAUAUUCUGAGAUUGAUUCUGAAAGCUUUGAAAGAUGUGAAAGGCACCCAGAUGGUCAAUUCAUGUGCUAUUUGUCUGUUCCUAUUUUAAAGGAAAUGAAUCUAGUCGAUACUCCUGGGACCAAUGUUAUUCUUCAGAGGCAACAACGACUUACUGAAGAAUAUGUGCCGCGAGCUGAUUUAAUACUAUUUGUACUAUCUUCAGAUAGACCAUUAACUGAAAGUGAGGUUGGAUUUCUUCAGUAUAUUCAGCAGUGGAAAAAGAAAGUUGUAUUUGUUCUAAACAAAUUGGACCUCUUUCGGAACAACAAUGAGCUUGAAGAAGCUACUGCAUUUGUCAAGGAAAAUGCGAAGAAAUUGCUUAACACAGAGGAUGUAACACUGUUCCCUGUAUCUUCACGCUUCGCUCUGGAAGCCAAGCUUUCAUAUUCCAAAAACAGUGGUGGAAAACAUUUGAUGGAAGCUAUGCUUAGUGAUCCUAUAUGGAGAAGCAGCAAGUUCUGUGAACUUGAGGAUUACUUACUGAGCUUCUUAGAUAGUUCAACAGAAAAUGGAAAGGAAAGGGUCCGGUUGAAACUUGAAACACCAAUAGGCAUUGCUGAUCGUUUGCUAAUAUCAUGUCAAAGACUUGUGAAACUAGAAUAUGAAAAAGCUGUUGAUGAUUUAACAUCCAUAAAGGAUCUAGUUUCUGGUGCAAAUAAUUAUGCUGCUAAGCUUGAGGCUGAUAGCAAUUCUUGGCAGAAGCAGAUUUCAUCUCUUAUUGAGAGAGCAAAAGGUCGAGCAGUAACACUCAUGGAAUCUAUCCUUCAGUUGUCAAACAUUGACCUUAUUUUUACGUACACGGUUAAAGGAAAAACAGGCAGUUCCCCCAGAGCCACAUCAUUUGUUCAGAAUGAUAUUAUAACUCCAGCAUUUGAUGAUGCCGUGAAUAUACUAGGUGAAUAUUCGACAUGGCUAAGUUCUAGCAAUACGCGUGAAGCAAAUUUUUAUUUGGAAUGUUUCCACGAAAGAUGGGCUGCACUGGUUGCUCAGGAAGAAAGGGUCCUGCUAGAUCCAAAUGGACUUAUUAAUGAAGGGGAGAAACUCACUGUAAAGGCACUGGAUGGCUUCAACGCCAGUUCUACUGCUAAGGUUUUUGAAGAAGAAAUCCGAGAAGUGGUGCAGCUUGGACAGUGAAUUAAUUAUGUUUGAAAUUUUUGAAGAUCAAACAUCCCUUUAAAGAUUAUCUGCACAUGGAAAAUGGGAAAAAAAAUCAUGAGUUGUGUUACCACCACUUACCAGAAUGGUUGCACCUACGAAGUAAUAGUUUGCGAGCAUAAUGUACUUUUCUCUUAACUGAUCCGAACUAUGUGAUUAUAUCUUUUUUUUUGCUAGGAACUAUAUGAUUAUAUCUAAUUUGAUGAAAAUCUACUUCCUAUUCACCCCAUUGUAAACUAUGUCCUAUUUUGACUAUGUGCACGGAUUAUGGAGAUUAUAAAUUUAGGGAUCAUCAAGAAGAGAUGGCAAAGUGCCCAUUUGUACUUAAUUUUAACAUGGAAUAAGAAAGUUUUCUGAGUGAGCUGUCACAAA